AUGGGUCCGCCUUCUCUCGGGCCGACUGCACCGUUUGCCGAAGACUGUCUUCCACCGGAACUUGACUACGACUCUCGCGAUGACCUCCUCAUUUCGAUCAACGCUUGGGCUGCGACGCGGGCUAUGCCUUCACAACGGGAAAGUCCACCAGAGCCAAGGAACUGCGAUUCUCUUGCCACACAACAAGACAUUUACAAUGGAAUUGCAGCUACCAAGAGAGAUGUAUGCGAAGGGCAAAGUUCAAUUCACGCUUUGGCCAGUCAGCUCGACCAGGAGGGGUUUUGGAGUCGGAUCCAAUUCGGCCAAGACGGCCGAGUGACCGCAGUCCUGUUCGCUCAUCCAGAGUCCUUGACGUAUCUCCAGGCAUACCCAGAUGUCUUGUUGCUAGAUUGCACGUACAAGACGAACAAACACGGCAUGCCGCUCCUCGACAUGAUAGGAGUAGAUGCUUGUCAGCGAUCAUUUUGCAUAGCAUUUGCAUUCCUUGGUGGGGAGACCGAAGCUGACUUCGUGUGGGCGUUGGAUCGCCUGAGGUCACUGUACGAACACCAUAGCGCCCGCUUACCCUCUGUCGUCCUAACAGACCGCUGCAUCGCCUGUAUGAACGCCGUUGCCAUUUCCUUUCCCACUUCUUGCUCACUACUCUGUCUGUGGCAUGCCAACAAGGCCGUCCUCCGCUAUUGCCGGCCAGCCUUCGUCCGCCAGGACCAACCGGAGUCCACAAACGCAGAGACAAUUGAUACGUCAGAGAGCAACGGCUGGUCUGAGUUCUACCAAUUCUGGCACUCGAUCAUGGCUGCACCAAACGAAGAAGCAUUCAAGGACCGAGCUACGCAAUUCGAGAAGAAGUACCUACCCAACCACCUCAAACAAGUUGGAUACAUCAAAACUUUCUGGCUUGAAGGGUAUAAGGAAAAGCUUGUUAAGGCUUGGGUUGAUCAACAUGCUCAUUUUGGAAAUACAGUCACGUCGCGCGUGGAGGGCAUACAUGCAUUGUUGAAGGCCCAUCUCAAAAAGUCCACGCUAAAUCUUUUCGAGGCUUGGAGGGCGAUGAAGCACGCGUUACUCAAUCAACUGUCAGACUUGAGAUCGAAUCAAGCCCGACAGCAGAUUCGGGUCCCAAUUGAGCUCUCUGGGCCCUUAUACGCUUCAGUGCGCGGUUGGGUCUCCCAUGAAGCGCUGAGAAAGGUGGAGGAGCAGCGGAAGAUGCUUGAGACUACGUCGUCGAUGCAUUCACGAUCGGUGUCACCAUCGGAGAUCGUACCGUCAUCCCAGUACGUGCAAGCCGCUUUGGACGCACAGGAGCCAGAGCUUGCAACUGAGCCGCCAACUGAUGCGUCCCUGGCGACGGAUUUGGGGAGUGUCGCAGGAACCCUUACAAUUCUGCCCACUACAGCUCCAGACCAUCCUCCUGCCCAGUCGGGUCAGUCCUUUCACGCCGAAAUAGGUUCAGUUGCCACGACCUUUCCCGGUGACCAAGAUUCCGGGCCCGUACCGGGUCCGCCCCGCGAUGCCACUGAGCUGCUGGUAUCGCCACCACCUAUCUCACCUGACUUGCCAGCCCCACCGCCGCCGAAAUAUGAUUCACCAGAAGCUAUACACAAAAGUUAUACCGCUGCAAGAAGCGCAUGGUAUGCAGCGCAGCCGGCCGGCAGCAUCAAGACAAACCAACAAUACCGCAAGGCAAUGAGGCUUCCAGCUAGGCAUUGCGCCACUACAACGGGGUUGAGAGCAUGGACGAAAGAAGAAAUGAUGGCAUACCUUGACUGGAGCCAUGCAGAAGAUCAGCGUGUUGAAGCCCAGAUCAUGAAGGAGAUGGGAGACAAUCCGUUAGCCAACACACGGAAGGGCGUGGCCGACAUUUGGCGACAGGUAGAAAAGGACAGCCGAGAGCAGGAAACGCUGUAUUCUGCACAUGUUGAGGCAGAUGAUUGUAUUUUCGUCGAGCCGUAG